AUGACUCUGAAUGAUAAAGCCUUGCCUGUGAGCAAAGUGCCAGAGUCCUCCAUCCAUUCUGAGGGACACAGGCAACAGCACAGGAAAUGUGGUGCAAUUUCUGACUCCACUCUCAGCUCCACCCUCAGGGGUCUUUCCCCUCAGAUGAUGUUUUCUUACUCCUGCAAACAAUGGGUGCUGGAAGAAAAAAUGCUGUUUGCACGACAAUAAUGUGAUGCUGUUCAUAAUGGUCCUGGUGUUAAGACGCUCUGCACUGUUCUGUCAUCUGUCAUUCAUAUUGUUUCCAGGGCAUCAUGAGUGUGGAAAAGAAGACGGCACGAGAGCCAUGCUGCUCCAAAUUAAAGAUCACCUUGGCUGCCAUGUGUUUUGUGUACUUUGCCAAAGCAUUUCAGGGCAGCUACAUGAAGAGCUCUAUCACGCAGAUUGAGAGACGUUUUGACAUUCCCAGCUCACUGAUUGGAUUUAUUGAUGGAAGUUUUGAAAUUGGUAAUCUGUUUGUAAUAGCUUUUGUGAGUUACUUUGGUGCUAAGCUGCAUAGACCACGACUCAUAGGAGCUGGAUGUUUAAUUAUGGCCAUGGGAUCCUUCAUAACUGCGGCACCACAUUUCUUCCAAGGACUGUACAAAUACGAAACAACAAUUUCCCAUUUCUCUGCCUCGAAUGGUACAGAGAGUAUUCUACCAUGCUUAACCAAUGGGAGUCUUGCACAAGAUGAAAUUCCCACUGUGGAAAUUCAAGCAGAAUGUGAGAAAGCAGCCAGUUCUUCCUUGUGGCUCUAUGUGUUUCUCGGGAACAUGCUUCGUGGGGUAGGAGAGACACCCGUCAUGCCUCUUGGGUUGUCUUAUCUGGAUGAUUUUUCGAGGGCGGAAAACACUGCUCUUUACAUGGCUCUCAUACAAACUAUGGGAAUAAUGGGGCCCAUGUUUGGAUUCAUGUUAGGAUCUUUCUGUGCCAAGCUCUACGUGGACAUAGGAGCAGUGGACUUAGAUACCAUCACUAUCAACCACAAAGACUCACGUUGGGUUGGUGCCUGGUGGCUGGGCUUUUUGUUUACUGGUGGAGUGAUGCUACUGGCCGGAAUUCCCUUUUGGUUCCUCCCCAAGUCUCUUCCUAAGCAGGGUGAGACUGAAACUGUGAAAAAAUCUAAUGUUGUAGAGGGCGAGCAGGAGCGUUUCAUUCCUGACAACAACAAACACAGCAAUGCUCCCGACAAACCAGCUCCAGUUUCCAUGGCAGCUCUGGCUAAAGAUUUUCUGCCAUCACUGAAGAAACUCUUCAGCAACACAAUUUACAUGACCCUCAUUAUCACCACUAUCAUACAAGUCAAUGGUUUUAUAGGACUGAUAACAUUUCAGCCAAAGUACAUGGAGCAAACUUAUGGCCAUUCAGCAUCAAGGGCCAUAUUUUUAAUAGGAGUUUCAAAUUUACCAGCUUUGGCUUUGGGAAUUGUCACUGGGGGGUUUAUAAUGAAGAAGUUCAAACUUAAUAUUCUUGGAGCAUCCAAGUUCUGCAUUACAGCAUCUCUUCUGACUUUCUCUGCAUUGCUUGUUCAGUAUUUCCUGCAGUGUGACAACUCACAAGUGGCUGGACUUACAGUGUCAUAUCAAGGGGCUCCAGAGGUGUCCUACCAGCAGAAUACACUAAUUUCUCAAUGUAACAUGGCUUGCUCCUGCUCUCUUAAGCACUGGGAUCCCAUAUGCGCCACCAGCAAUGGCUUGACCUAUGCCUCCCCGUGCCUCGCUGGCUGCCAAACCUCCACUGGAGUUGGCAAGGAGAUGGUAUUCCACAACUGCACCUGUAUUGGAGAUUCGCCUUUCUCAUAUGCAAACAUGUCAGCAGUGCUGGGCCAGUGCCCUCGCAAGAGUGAUUGUGACUACAUGUUUAAGUUCUACAUGGCGGUGACAAUCAUUGGUUCCUUUUUCCCGGCUUGUGCAGCAACACCAGGUUACAUUAUUCUGCUCAGAUCCAUAAAUCCAGAACUAAAGUCUUUGGCUCUUGGUGUGCAUAUCCUGCUUAUUCGGACUCUGGGUGGCAUUCCCCCUGCAAUAUAUUUUGGAGCCUUGAUUGACAGGACCUGUCUGAAAUGGGGCACAAAACAAUGUGGAGGGAGAGGAGCGUGUCGUAUCUAUGAUUCCAUUGCCUUCAGAAAUUCUUACUUGGGUGUUAUUUAUGGCCUGUUUGCUGCAUCCUUUGUGCUGUGUGGAGUCCUGUACAAUAGACUGUCUCAUCGUGAAAAGAAGCGAGCACUGAAGUCCCAAUUAAAAGCUCCAGAACAGGAUGGCAAUGGUGUUUCAACUGGCAAUAGGAAUGUAUCUUCAGCUAUCAUAAAAUGCGAUGAAAAUCCAGACCAGGAGACCACUAUCUGAAGUCUUCCAAAGUCAAAUGUGUCCAUUGCACCAAAAACUGUUAUAAAGAUAUAACUCCCA